AUGGCCGACCUCAGCAUCGCUGUGGACCACAAAGUCCCGGACACGAUCCACUCGGAGCACCUCGCCGCCAUCGUGGAGGCCAAGCUCGCGGGGCCGAGCGAGCGCGCUGCAACGCGGCACUCCGACGUCCUGGAAGCCGCGUCGCCGCAGGCCUGCGGCAAGCCCCAGAGCACCCCGCACGCGCCCGUCGAGGCCUCGGGCACGGACGCCCUUUCGCGCGCGCCGAAACCCCCGUGCGCGGCCUGCGGGCCCUCCGGCAACAUGCCCGACCUAGCCUCCGAGCUGUCGAUGCGCGCGAGCCUCGACAGCCGGCGGUCCCUGAGCUCGCGCUCGCCCAUGCUGCGCGUGCGCGCGAUCAACCACAUCUCGCGCAUCGUCAGGGACGUCCGCGCGACCGCUAACUUCUACAAACGUAUUCUAGGGUUCCGAGAGGUGGUCCGUCCGAGCACCUUCAACUUCAGCGGAGCGUGGCUACACGGCUGCGGCGUCGGGCUGCACCUCAUCCAGGGCGAGCCCGUCGCGCGCGAGGCCGAGGUCAUUCCCAAGUCAGACCACCUCAGUUUCCAGGUCGACAUGCCGCUGGCCUCGGUGGAGGAGGUGCUCACGAGCCUCGACAUGCGGUACGUGAAGCAGAUCGUCCGCGAGGGGCCGUACCUCGUCACGCAGCUCUUCUUCCACGACCCAGAUCGCAAUAUGAUUGAAAUCUGCGACUGCGACCAGCUGCCGGUGGAGUACAUUGCGUCGGCGGGGUGGGACGUGGGGUCGCUCGAGGAGGAGGUGCUCGCGACGCGCGUGUUCGGGCCGUCGGGGUCGGAGAUGUCCGCGGCCACGGUGCGCGCGCUGGCGUAG